UUGCCGUCGAGCGCUCAGAGACAUCCCAUUCACGCCGGUCGGCGGUUGGAUGCGUAGCACAGAGAGAGACAGACAGUUGCGUAGGAAAUAGCGCCUCGAGGGGUCCGCACGCGCUUUGUGUUUGUGUGAAAAAACCACACCAGCUCCACUUGUUGAAGACACGGAGGAUGUUUCUCAGGUUGCACAAGUGCAGCAAGAGCCCGUCCUAAAUGUGUUCCACAGCCAACUACGUUCUCCAAGCAAGGACAAGUAACCAAGUGUCCGGUAGAUUAUCAUCUCAUUUCCACGGCAACAGACCUCAUGGCAUACAGGACCCAGACAUGGACAUGGCCUGGCAGGAACUAAUGGCCAUAUCUGAGCUGCAGGGGUUGGAGACAUCUCCUGGUGAGAGCUCAUAUGAAGCAACACAAUACCCGAGCACGGAGCCGAUGGUUCCGUUAGCGGUAUACGGGACACUCCACUCCGAGCUCGUUCCUUCCGGAUACGAGAGCACGGUGCAUACGUACGACGGAGGUUACACCGAGGAGGCCUGCCACCGCACACAGGAUCUGUACGCCCAACCUGGACCUCAGCUCAACCAGAACUUGUCGCCCGUGUCGUCUCAACCUCAUCACUUACUCGCAGAACGUAUGAGUUUGUCUUGUAUAAGUCAAGCGGACAAAAGGCCCAAUGGUAGUCAUAAUCAAGCUCCGGGGGGGCGCCGCAUGAUGUGGACCAAAAAAAGUUCCAAUGCUUAUUCAGUUGAUGAUAUGGAAUCAGACUCCGGUUUGUCUCUAGGCUCCAGUCCGCCUUUAGCCUCGCCUGAAAAUCCUACCGCUGUGGCACCGAGUUAUAUGUCCAUUUCAUGUUCAGAUCAAGAAAUCUCGGAAAGAUCACAUAACUACCCGACAGAGUACCAGAAUCAACCCGACUCUUAUUUACACACGGGAGAACAGUCGUCUUAUUUCACCAAUUCAAGUUCUAUCCAUUCUCAGACGGUGAAACCUCAGUCUUUAGUUGACUUUUACAGCUCUGCACCGCCCACUAGUGGCGGCUGGGAACACACGGUGCAUGCAAAACCUCCUGGGAGUCUACAACCGCCACCAGCAAGCAGAGACGAGCGGCGAGCCAUGGCGUUGAAGAUCCCCUUCCCCGUAGAUAAGAUCAUCAAUCUGCCAGUUGACGACUUCAACGAAUUAGUCACGCAGUGCACCCUGACCGACGCCCAACUCGUACUCAUUAAGGACAUCAGGCGACGGGGCAAGAAUAAAGUGGCAGCGCAAAACUGCAGAAAGCGGAAACUGGACAGUAUAAAUCACCUGGAACGAGAGCUGGGUCAGCUGCAGGUCCAGAGGGAGAGUCUGGUCCAGGAGAGGUUGGAGUUCCAGCACAGCUUGGCUUACAUUAAGCACCACCUGACAGACCUGUACGCCCAAGUGUUCGCUCACCUGAGGGAUGAGACUGGACAACCGUAUUCAGUAGAUGAGUACUACUUACAGCAGACGCAGGACGGUAAAAUAUAUUUGGUGCCGCAAAAAGUGCAGAAGAGAGAACAAUGCUGAAAUAUGUACAUUAGAUAUGUGAAAAUAUUGUGCCGACUUUUUUUUAUUUUUUUGAUUUUUUUUGUGCCGACUUUUUUUUAUUUUUUGAUUUUUUUGUGCCGACUUUUAUUUUUUGAUUUUUUUUGUGCCGACUUUUUUUGAUUUGUGCCGACUUUUUUUUAUUUUUUUAUUUUUUUGUGCCGACUUUUUUUUAUUUUUUUAUUUUUUGUGCCGACUUUUUUUUAUUUUUUUGUGCCGACUUUUUUUUAUUUUUUUGAUUUUUUUUGUGCCGACUUUUUUUUAUUUUUUUGAUUUUUUUUGUGCCGACUUUUUUUAUUUUUUUAUUUUUUUUUGUGCCGACUUUUUUUUAUUUUUUGAUUUUUUUUUUGUGCCGACUUUUAGUUUUGGAUUUUUUUUGUGCCGACCUUUUUUUUUUAUUUUUUUUGUGCCGACCUUUGAAAUAGACCAAAGUCCUUAAGUCCUAAAUCUGGAGAUUUUGUAUUGUAUUUUUUAUACAAAAACAACAUUGCAAGUUUCAUUAAAAAAAUAAAAUUUUAUUAAAAAGUUCACACAAAAAACAAACGUCAUGAGCGUAUAAUUUUGACGAGAUAGGACAGCUCUCGUCUGACCUGGAUGAAUAUCUUCAGCAC